AUGCCGUCUGGUGUCAGGCUCCUGGCCUGGGGCUGGCUGCUCCUGCCCGUCUGCAGGGCACUGGAAGACUGCGCCGCCUGUGUCUUCCCCUUCAUCUACCGGGGGCGAUCGUACCCCACGUGCACCCGGGACGGGAGCUGGGCCAGGUGGACAUUGUGGUGCGCCACCACCGCCAGCUACGACCAGGACUCCCGCUGGAAGCGCUGCUAUGAGACGGAGUAUGGAGGCAACACGGGUGGCCAGCCCUGUGUCUUCCCCUUCGUGUACCGGGGCCGGGAGUUCUAUACCUGCACCGACGAGGCUGCCAAGCCACGCAGGUUCUGGUGUGCUACCACUGGGAAUUAUGACCGGGACCGGCGCUGGAGCUACUGCCCUGAUACCCGUAAGGAUGGGCAGUGGGGCAGAGGGGAGGGGAUCAAUGCAGGGCGGUUGGGGGCCACUCACUUCACAGCCACCCCAGGCGGAAUCCCAGCUGGGAACCCCACCACACCCUCCUCCUGGUACAGGUGUGCCUGGGUGCCGGGCAAGGCUAUUGGGGACAUUUCAGCCUGA